AUGAAUCCGAUGAUGAAAGUUUCCGAUCGAAACAACAUCAAUGCGGCCGAGAUCCCAGUGAAAAGCAAGGCGAAGGCUGUUGGAGAAAUCUGGAGCAGCGAUGGCAGAGAGGAGGAGGACGACUGCGAUGACAACAGAGAUAAGCCGGGGAACGAGAUCGGCAGCGGUAGCAUGUGGAGGGCAUGGAUGGCCAUCCAGCAAGAGGUUUUGGAAAUCGAGCAACACACGGCGGCUAUCUUUGUGAGUCGCGGGUACCGCCGACAGACCCACGUCAAUGCCGACACCAUUCGUUGCUACCGAAAAGAGACGAUUCGCUAA